ACCUCUUCUGUGGGAAACAUGGCUGCGCCCUGUGCAGCUCAGUGCUUAUACAGAACAGGUGGCUUAAGGCUGCUACAGAGAAUUUCAAGGCUACCUCACUGCCACAAAGAUGCAUCUUUGGCCCACCAGUGCCAAUUUCACCGAUCUUUCUUCUGGAGGAAGCCAAAAACUUCCCACAGUGUAGUCCGGCCUGCCAUAGUGCGCCCAGCUUAUCCCGUACCCAAGCACAUUCAGAGGCCUGACUACGUGUCAUCCAGCAAAGUGCCUGAAUGGCCAGAUUACAUUGAGAUUAAAGAUGAAGAGCAGAUCCAGGGAUUAAGACGAGCGUGUCAACUAGCCAGACACAUACUGCUGCUGACAGGAAACAGUUUGAAGGUUGGUAUGACGACAGAUGAAAUAGACUUUAUAGUCCAUCAAGAAGCGAUUCGUCACAAUGGCUACCCUUCUCCCUUACAUUAUGGGGGCUUUCCGAAGUCGGUCUGUACCUCUGUGAACAAUGUUGUAUGUCACGGCAUUCCAGACAGUCGGCCAUUGCAGGAUGGUGAUAUCAUCAAUAUUGAUGUCACAGUUUAUCUGGAAGGUUACCAUGGUGACACCUCAGAGACAUUUCUGAUUGGCUCAGUCAACGACCAGGGCAGGAAAUUAGUGGAUGUGGCUCGUCAAUGCAGAGAUCAAGCCAUCGCCGCCUGUGGCCCGGGACAACCUUUGUGCGUCAUUGGCAACAUCAUCAGCAAUAUAGCAAACUCAAAUGGAUUUCGUGUAUGUCCAUAUUUUAUUGGCCAUGGGAUCGGAGAAUAUUUCCAUGGACAUCCAGAGAUAUGGCAUCAUGCUAAUGACAAUGACCUCAAGAUGGAAGAAGGCAUGUCCUUCACCAUAGAACCUAUUCUUAUGGAGGGAACGUCAGAAUUCAGGAUCCUGAGUGACAAGUGGACUGCUGUGUCUGUGGACGACAAAAGGUCGGCACAGUUUGAACACACGGUUGUCAUCACUAGCGAUGGUGUAGAGAUUCUGACUAAGCUACCUGAGGAAGAUUGACAGGAAUGACGGGACAUCUUGUGACGUGUGAGAUGGAUCUGUUGUUUAGAAUUUGCUAUUUAAAUAAAAUUUUCUAAACUUUU